AAAAUAAUGAAAAGAAAGAGUUUGACGGAGACUGUUUCUGUGCCUAAGGACAUGAUGUCUGAUAUAAGUCAUUUGAUUAAUGACACCCCAUUCGAUUGGAAAGAUUACAAAAUACCGAAAAGGCCACGUAAUUUUAAUCACUGUUACAAUUAUGAUGACUUGCCAAAGAACCCUAUAAAGGAUCAAACUUUUCAGAGAAAAAAACCACAAAACUGUUAUUCCUCAGAUGAUUUUGAAAUGAACAGGCGGAGUAGAGGAAAUUCAUACGAGGAACACAAUCCAAAACAUCAAAUGCAUAGAAAAUACACUAACUCCAGAAAUCAACAAAUCGAGACAGGUCGGUCUUCCUCUCAAGAGGGGAGCCACCCUGAUGAUUUUGCUAUCAGUAGGAGAGACAGGGUAGAAAUACGAAGAAAAAAUUUUGAGGAGAAUUACUGGAAGAGUCAGAUGCAGAGGAGGUAUGGUAAUAAUGGUCAAAAUGAAAGUUGGUUUCCACAGACAUAUCAGCAGAAUUGGCAAGAUCCACGACUACAGAGGACAGAAGCGACUACAACGAUGUCCAACGGAGCGACGUCAUGCCAGGCCUUGCAAAACAAUAGUUUUUACCGUUCUAGAGACUCGCAGACCCCUGGCAAAGCUCGUCGCGAACUUUUUGUGAAGGACGGUGCCAAACAACGACGAGAAAAAGAGUACGAGGAACGCCUCAGAAAAGAAUUUGAAAAAGAAAAACAAGGAAGAAUAACUCAACCAAUCUCAUGUAGCCCUGUUUUGAGGAGAUAACACAAUGCCUAGAGUAUCUGGACUAUUAAAACUAAUUGAAAACUAAACUAAUUGAAAACUAAAAACGAGGGGAAAGCAAGUUACUUAUCAAAGAUUUAUUUAUAGUUAUAUAAACUAUUUACAUAUAAAGGAAAUGAUCUUGAA